AUGGGCCUAGGCAUCACAACGACUGGCGCAGGCAACCGGAGCACUGGUCAGCAGUCAGACUUCCGGGAACGACUGAUCAAAGAGUACAACGCUAAGCAUCCUACGGAGGAAUUUCUUUGGUGCCCUGUUCUUCAAAGUUGGCUUCACAGACGUUCAGUCGUUGCCGCACACUUGUUCGCCUAUAAGCAUGGGCAGAGUGUUGUGGAUGCUAUCUUUGGCGAGGCAAAGGAACCCGAGCUCUUUUCACCCUUCAACAGCAUACUCGUAUCACCAUUCAUUGAAGUAUUCCUAGAUUCUGGGCAGCUGGUCAUCGUGCCAGAUCUGCCAGACCGGCUGACGUUCUCAACGUUAGUCGCAUGGUUAACCGGUGACGUCCGCAACUUGACCUCGUGGACAGCCCAAAGAACGACCCCGAGCGAAACAAUUCUCAAGUCACUGCGCACGACUCCCAUUGUCGGGGUACACAAGGCAGAGUGUCGUCGCAAGGGCGACGGAUACCCAUCCAUGCAAGAGGUCAUGCACACAGAAAAAAUCGAGAAUCGGUAUAGAUGA